AUGGCGAACGAAACGACCUCCCUUAAACUACAGCUCGCACGCCUUACUUCCAGUCGCUCACGCAGCCGUCGUCGUUUCCGCUGGCGACCUCGGACUGCCGAUACUUGUUGGUAUCACAUUAACUUCGGCGUAAAGGCCCGUCGCUGUUCCGCAUCCUGCUCUUCCAAGUCGAAACAGGGAAGUAAGUCGGCCAGAGAAUAGAUGUGACCGUUUUCUCUGGCAUUUCCGGCUCUGAUCGCACAUUCUAUGUUUGCGACUCUGCGACUCAUCGAUGUUUCCUGGUAGACACUGGAGCCCAAAUCAGCGUUGUUCCCCCAACUGAAGUUGAUAGUCGUUUCCCCAGCCCUGGUCUUCACCUCCAGCUGCCAACUGUUUCCCCAUUCCCAUUUUUGGCAGUCUGUCCCUCACCCUGAACUUUGGCAUUCGUCGGUCGUCUAUCUGGAUCUUUGUGAUUGGUGAUGUCCCUCAUGCAAUCCUCGGCUCGGACUUCCAUGCCGAGUUCGAUCUCCUUGUUGACUGUCGACGUGCCCGUCUCCUCAACCGCACAACCGAUCUGCCUGUUUGUGGACUAACUCCCUUUAUUGCCCCCACCAACUUAUCUGUCCUGGAUACAGAUAUUGUUAGCCCCUUUCGGGAACUGCUUCUUAGACACCCCAACAAAAUCAACCCCCAGUUUCGCAGUGGUGAGGUCCAAAAUCAUGUUGUGCACCAUAUUUGCACCUCAGCUAAGCCCUGUUUGUCCGGCCGAGGCGACUAG